AAAGUUUUUUCUCUAAAAUGAAACAUCUCUAAAUGUUCAUUUUCAAGCCAUAGUAUAGUAGGAACUUAAUAUUUGCAAGAUAAGCUGUAGAGAAAACUAAAAAUUUUCUAACCUGAAUCAGGAUUUUUGUAUAAUUCCUCUUUUUUAUUAGUGUGAGUAAAGCUAUCACUUAAGAUUUAGAGAACAGACAUAAGUAAAAGGGAAAAAAUACUUGUGGCCAUUACUGAAGUUUUUCUGUUUGUUUAUUUUUAAGUGAAUCUAGCGGAUGGCUGAAGUUGGCUUGAGUGUUGAGUUGCUGAAAUGUUUUGCUGUUCGAGAGCCGUGAAAAGGUUAUACCUGGAGAAAAUUUUGUCACAGCACAUUCUUCAGUCAAGAUCUUUGUCAGGAGCUGAUGCCAUCAAUGCUCUUAGACCUUUCUAUUUUGCUGUGCAUCCAGAUUUCUUUGGCCAGCAUCCCAAAGAGAGGGAGGUAAAUGAAAAUUCUCUGAAGAGGUUAAAUGGCUAUUUGGAGAAUCUGCAGAAACCAGGAUUUCGCUCUUUUAAGCCAACUCGUCUUACUUUUUACGUAAGAGAAAGUGAACCAAACUCCUGUAAUGCUCAGGAAUCCUUCAGUGCUUCAGGUUUUCGAGCAGUCACUUUUACAUUACGUACCAGGGACCUCCUGAGCACAGUAUUAGAUAUUCUCAAUUCCUGCAGUUUAUCAACGGAGCAUGUUCGGAGUUUGAAUGUGAACUCUCAGCCCCACAAGGAAGCAAAAGCUGUGCAGAACAGACCUAUCAAAUGGGAUAAGACUUAUUAUUCAUUUACUGGAUUCAAAGAUCCUGAGGAAGAACUAGAACAAGCCCAGAGAGUAGAAACAACUUUAAUAUCCUGGUUAGAUGAUAAUGAAGCAAAUGCAGAAAAAAAGCUGAAGAAGAGUUUACCACUUAGAGAAGAAUUAGAACGCUUGAAAUUUGAACUUUCUCAUCAACUCCAGCUGUCUGAUAUCAGGUGGCAGAGAAGCUGGGGUAUCGCUCAUCGCUGUAGCCAGCUACACAGUCUAGGUCGUCUAGUCCAACAAAGACCUGAAGUAUUAGGAAAUGUGAAAGGACACACGUUGAUAUUUACAGACCGUUCAGGAAUGAGUCCUGCAGGCCACGUAAUGCUGGGGACCAUGGAUGUUCAUCAUCAGUGGACCAAAAUCUUUGAGAGAUUGCCAAAUUAUUAUAAACUUCAGAAGAGGAUGCUGUUCUUGGAGGAUCGGAUAAGCCUCCUUCUGGGAGGCAUACGAGUGAUCUACAUUGAAGAGCUGCAACCCCUGUUGACGCUGGAAGAGUACUAUGACAAUUUGGACUCCUUCUAUAAUAAAUUACUUGACAGCAGGCUACCUUUUCAUCCUCGCAGUCUGCGAGGCUUGCAAAUGAUCCUAGAAAGUGAUAGAUACGCACCAAGCUUGCAUGAAUUAGGGCACUUCAUGAUUCCAACAACUUGUGAUCCAGCCACUCUCCAAUGGUUUAUUAUUGCCAAAGCACAAGAGGCAAGAGAGAAUCUGAAAAGAAAGGAAGAGAUGAUGCUUACAGAGAAGGAGCUAAUCACUACUUCCACUGAGAAGUUUUCCUUGGACCGCCUGUAUAAGGAACCCAGCAUUUCCAGUGCACAGAUGAUAGAGUGUUGUAAGCGACUGCUGCAAGAGUCGUUGCCUUACCUGCAAGGCAUGCACCUUUGCAUCUCCCACUUCUACUCUGUGCUGCAGGACGGAGACCUCUGCAUACCUUGGAACUGGAAAAGCUGAGAACUUAUCUGAUAAUCAGAUGAAUUAUUUUCUGUAAGAGCCUAUAAAUACAAAUGUUUUUAAGAGUAAAUUAUUAAAAUCUGUAUUUUGAUAUCAGUAUUAAACUCAAGUAUUUAAUUUGGACUGCUGCUCAAACAGGAUUGGAGUCCUAGACAACUUGCAGGAUAUGCAAUAUUUCCAGUUCUGGGAAAUACAUGUGUAUGUUUUCUGUAAUCCUGUAGUGUUUGGAGUAUAGGGUAGCAGUUAUGGAAUUGCAUUUUUGUAGUGAAUUAUGAAAAGUUAUGACACUACAAGUCUGCAAAAAUGUACAUGUGAAUUUUUAAUAUAUAUAAGUAUUACCAGAUAGUUUUUUCUUAAAUAUAGGGAAGAAUGUUUCAUUCCAGCCAGACACUACAUAUCUUAGGGGACUAAUCGAAUGCAGAAGUACAUAAUACUGCUGGUGGCAAUUUUGGUGUUUACUAUUGCUACUUCCUACGGAAUAAAAAGAAAAUCUACAUCAUAAUAUUUUUAUUUUGCAGAAAAAAAAAAGGAGUACCUUGAACUUGGUUUCAGUAGUUUCGCACACCGAUCCAACAUUGUUGCCUUAGAAUUUCCACAUAUGUGGGCUGUGUUGUCUGCAGUUACUUAAAAGAAAUGUCCGCCUG